UGCGGGCGCGGGUCGCCGUGCGGUGCGGGCUGGUGUCGGGACGUGGGGCCGGGUGGGUUGCGGGUAGAAAGCAUACUUACCUGGCAGGGGAGACACCAUGAUCAGGCAGGUGGUUUUCCCAGGGCGAGGCUCAUCCCCUGCACUCCGGGUGUGCUGACCCCUGCGAUUUCCCCAAAUGCGGGAAACUCGACUGCAUAAUUUGUGGUAGUGGGGGACUGCGUUCGCGCUCUCCCCUGGCUUUUUGGUUUAACAGUAGCUUUAACUUUUUCAUGUCCAUUGCUGCACUGCCCCGUGGCGCUGUACUGAACCCGUACCUCUUGUGCCGCGCUGUUCCGUGCCGUUCACGUCCUUGUCCCGCCCCCGGCGCGCGCUGAUUGGUUCUUCGCUCAAUGCCCCGCCCCUUCGCUUCUGGCCCCGCCCCGUCCGCGCAUCGUUCGCUGUAGGUGUCCCCGGCCCCGCCCCUCCCGCGCUCCCCGCGCUCCUUCGCUACCGACUCCCGCACUGCCCCGCACGUGGCACCGCCAUGGGCCGCCUGGUGCUGCAGGACGGCUCCGUGCUGCGCGGCCGCGCCUUCGGGGCUACGGGCGCCGCCGCCAGCGGGGAAGUGGUGUUCCAGACGGGCGUGGUGGGCUACCCCGAGGCGCUCACCGACCCCUCGUACGCGGCGCAGAUCCUGGUGCUCACCUACCCGCUGGUGGGCAACUACGGCGUGCCCCGGGAGCGGCUGGGACCCUUCGGCCUCGGCACGUGGUUCGAGUCCAGCAAGAUCCACGUGGCCGCGCUGGUGGUGGGCGAGUGUUCGGAGACCCCCAGCCACUGGAGCGCAGCCCAGUCCCUCGACCAAUGGCUCAAGGAGCACAACGUCCCCGGGCUGGAAGGGGUGGACACCCGUGCCCUCACCAAGAAGAUCCGCGAGAAAGGCACGCUGCUGGGGAAGCUGCUGCCGGAUGAGGCCCCGGAGGAGAGCAUCCCCUUCCAGGACCCGAACGAGCGGCACCUGGUGCAGGAGGUGUCCCUGAAGGAGCCAUGUGUCUUUAACCCUGGCGGAUCCCUGCGCAUCACUGCUGUGGACUGCGGCCUGAAGCGCAACCAGGUGCGGUGCCUCUGCGAGCGGGGGGCGGCCGUCACCGUGGUGCCCUGGGACCACCCGCUGGACCCCACGGACUUCGACGGGCUCUUCCUCAGCAACGGCCCCGGGGACCCGCAACUGUGCCAGCAGACGGUGGCCAACCUGCGUGCCGUGCUGGCCGCUGACCGCCCCAAGCCUGUCUUCGGGGUCUGCCUGGGCCACCAGCUGCUGGCCCUGGCCCUGGGCGCCCGCACCUACAAGAUGAAGUACGGGAACCGCGGGCACAACCAGCCGUGCGUGCACGAGGACACGCAGCGCUGCUUCAUCACGGCACAGAACCACGGCUUUGCGGUGGAGGCGAGCAGCCUGCCCCCCGGCUGGACGCCGCUCUUCACCAAUGCCAACGACGGCUCCAACGAGGGGCUGGUGCACGAGCACAAACCCUUCUUCAGUGUGCAGUUCCACCCCGAGCACCGUGCUGGCCCCACGGACCUGGAGGGGCUCUUUGAUGUCUUCGUGGAGGCGGCACGGGACCUGCAGAGAGGGGACAAUGGCAAAACAGUGCGGCAGCGCCUGCGGGAUCUCCUGGCAUACAGCGAGGUGCCGGCAGCAGGGCAGGAGGCGGCACGGCCCCGCAAGGUGCUGAUCCUGGGCUCCGGUGGGCUCUCCAUCGGGCAAGCGGGCGAGUUUGACUACUCAGGGUCACAGGCCAUCAAAGCGCUGAAGGAGGAGAACAUUCAAACGGUGCUCAUCAACCCCAACAUCGCCACGGUACAGACCUCUAAGGGGCUAGCGGACAAGGUGUACUUCCUGCCCAUCACCCCUGAGUACGUCACUCAGGUGAUCCGCAACGAGCGCCCCGAUGGUGUGCUGCUGACCUUCGGCGGGCAGACAGCCCUCAACUGCGGCGUGGAGCUGACCAAGGGCGGCGUGCUGCAACGGUACCGCGUGCGUGUGCUGGGCACCCCCGUUGCUUCCAUUGAGAUGACGGAGGACCGCAAGGUUUUUGUGGAGAAGAUGGAGGAGAUCGGCGAGCACGUGGCGCCCAGCGAGGCCGCUGCUUCCCUGGAGCAGGCGCAGGCAGCGGCUGAGCGGUUGGGGUACCCGGUGCUGGUGCGCUCGGCGUACGCCCUGGGGGGCCUGGGCUCCGGUUUCGCCUCCAACCGGGAGGAGCUGGCGGCCCUGGUGAGCCAGGCCUUCACCCACACCUCCCAGGUGCUGGUGGACAAGUCGCUGAAGGGCUGGAAGGAGAUCGAGUACGAGGUGGUGCGCGACGCCUACAACAACUGCGUCACGGUGUGCAACAUGGAGAACCUGGACCCGCUGGGCAUCCACACGGGCGAGUCCAUCGUGGUGGCACCCAGCCAGACGCUCAACGACACCGAGUACUUCAUGCUGCGCCACACGGCCAUCAAGGUGGUGCAGCACCUGGGCAUCGUGGGCGAGUGCAACAUCCAGUUCGCCCUGAACCCCGAGUCGGAGCAGUACUACAUCAUCGAGGUGAACGCACGGCUCUCCCGCAGCUCGGCGCUGGCCAGCAAGGCCACGGGCUACCCACUGGCCUACGUGGCAGCCAAGCUGGCACUGGGCAUCCCACUGCCUGUCCUCAGGAACUCUGUCACCAACUCCACCACCGCCAACUUCGAGCCCAGCCUGGACUACUGCGUGGUGAAGAUCCCGCGCUGGGACCUCAGCAAGUUCCUGCGUGUCAGCACCAAGAUCGGCAGCUCCAUGAAGAGCGUGGGGGAGGUGAUGGCCAUCGGCAGGAACUUCGAGGAGGCCUUCCAGAAGGCGCUGCGGAUGGUGGAUGAGAACUGUGUGGGCUUUGACCACACGGUGAAGCCGGCGUCGGACGUGGUGAGCGCUGGGGCUCGGCACAGUGCGUGGGUCAGGCGUGGGAGGCUGUGCCCGCUCACCCCUCGUCUCCCCCAGGAGCUGGAGACGCCAACGGACAAGCGCAUCUUUGUGCUGGCGGCCGCGCUGCGCGCUGGGUAUUCCAUCGAGCGCCUCUACGAACUGACCAAGAUCGACCGCUGGUUCCUGCACAAGAUGAAGAACAUCACGGACCACGCGGCGCGGCUGGAGGCGUUUCGCGGCGAGCAGAGCGCCAUGCCGCCCGCCGUGCUGCGCCGCGCCAAGCAGCUCGGCUUCUCCGACAAGCAGGUGGCCCUGGCCGUGCUCAGCACCGAGCUGGCCGUGCGGAAGAUGCGACGCGACUUGGGCAUCCUGCCGGUGGUGAAGCAGAUCGACACGGUGGCGGCCGAGUGGCCGGCGCAGACCAACUACCUCUACCUGACCUACAACGGCGCCGAGCACGACCUGCCCUUCCGCCAACCCCACGUCAUGGUCAUCGGUUCCGGCGUCUACCGCAUCGGCAGCUCCGUCGAGUUCGAUUGGUGCGCUGUCGGCUGCAUCCAGGAGCUGCGCAAGAUGGGCUUCAAGACUAUCAUGGUGAAUUACAACCCCGAGACCGUGAGCACUGACUAUGAUAUGUGUGACCGCCUCUACUUCGAUGAGAUCUCUUUUGAGGUGGUGAUGGACAUCUACGAGCUGGAGAACCCUGAGGGUGUCAUCCUGUCGAUGGGCGGCCAGCUGCCCAACAACAUCGCCAUGGCGCUGCACCGGCAGCAGUGCCGCAUCCUGGGCACCUCCCCCGAGGCCAUCGACUCGGCCGAGAACCGCUUCAAGUUCUCGCGCUUGCUGGACACCAUUGGAAUCAGCCAGCCGCUCUGGAAGGAGCUCUCCGACAUGGAGUCGGCCAAGCACUUCUGCUGCACGGUGGGCUACCCCUGCGUGGUGCGGCCCUCCUACGUGCUGAGCGGCGCCGCCAUGAACGUCGCCUACUCGGACAGCGACCUGGAGAAGUUCCUCAGCAACGCCGUGGCUGUGUCCAAGGAGCAGCCCGUUGUCAUCUCCAAGUUCAUCCAGGAGGCCAAGGAGAUCGACGUGGACGCGGUGGCCUGCGAUGGCGUGGUGGUGGCCAUCGCCAUCUCGGAGCACGUGGAGAACGCUGGAGUGCACUCGGGCGAUGCCACGCUGGUGACACCCCCGCAGGACAUCACACCCAAGACGCUGGAGCGCAUCAAGGCCAUCGUGCACGCCAUCGGGCAGGAGCUGCAGGUCACUGGGCCCUUCAACCUGCAGCUUAUCGCCAAGGAUGACCAGCUGAAGGUGAUCGAGUGCAACGUGCGCGUGUCGCGCUCCUUCCCUUUCGUCUCCAAGACGCUGGGGGUGGACCUGGUGGCCCUGGCCAGCCAGGUGAUCAUGGGCGAGGAUGUGCAGCCCGUGGGGCUGAUGACGGGCACGGGCAUCGUCGGUGUGAAGGUGCCGCAGUUCUCCUUCUCGCGCCUGGCGGGUGCUGACGUGGUGCUGGGCGUGGAGAUGACGAGCACAGGCGAGGUGGCAUGCUUCGGGGAGAACCGCUGCGAAGCGUACCUCAAGGCCAUGCUCAGCACCGGCUUCAAGAUCCCCAAGAAGAACAUCCUGCUGACCAUCGGCAGCUACAAGAACAAGAGCGAGCUGCUGUCCACCGUGCGGACCCUGGAGAGCCUUGGCUACAAUCUGUACGCCAGCCUUGGCACCGCUGACUUCUACACUGAGCAUGGCAUCAAGGUGAUGGCAGUGGAUUGGCACUUCGAGGAGGCGGACAGCACCGAAGCGGGUGCCCGUGAGACGCAGCGCAGCAUCCUGGACUACCUGGCAGAGAACCACUUUGAGAUGGUCAUCAACCUCUCCAUGCGCAACUCCGGGGGCCGCCGGCUCUCCUCCUUUGUCACCAAGGGGUACCGCACGCGGCGCCUGGCCGUCGACUACUCCGUGCCGCUCAUCAUCGACAUCAAGUGCACCAAGCUCUUCGUGGAGGCACUGGGCCAGAUUGGGGCCGCCCCACCGCUCAAGAUGCACGUGGACUGCAUGACAUCCCAGAAGCUGAUCCGCCUGCCAGGGUUGAUCGAUGUCCACGUGCACCUGCGUGAGCCGGGUGCCACGCACAAGGAGGACUUCUCCUCGGGCACAGCAGCCGCCCUGGCUGGGGGGGUCACCAUGGUGUGUGCCAUGCCCAACACCAGCCCCGCCAUCACCGACGCCACCUCCUUUGCCUUGGCACAGAAGCUGGCCGAGGCCGGGGCGCGCUGUGACUUCGCCCUGUUCCUGGGCGCGUCGGCGGAGAACGCGGGCUCGCUGGGUGCGCUGGCCGCGGCGGCGGCAGGGCUGAAGCUGUACCUCAAUGACACCUUCUCCAGCCUGCGCAUGGAUGACGUGUCACUGUGGAUGGAGCACUUCCAGCAGUGGCCGCGGCAUUUGCCCAUCGUGGCCCACGCGGAGGGGCAGACGGUGGCUGCCGUCCUGAUGGUGGCACAGCUGCACCAGCGCCCCGUGCACAUCUGCCACGUGGCACGCAGGGAGGAGAUUCUCCUCAUCAAGGCGGCCAAGCAGAAGGGGAUCCCAGUGACGUGUGAGGUGGCCCCACACCACCUCUUCCUGUGCCAAGAUGACCUGAAGCGCCUUGGGGAGGGCUGUGGGGCCGUGCGCCCAGCGCUGGGCACCUCCCAGGACAUGGAGGCCCUCUGGGAGAACAUGGACACCAUCGACUGCUUCGCCACUGACCACGCCCCCCACACGCUGGAGGAGAAACAGGGCCCCAAGCCGCCCCCUGGCUUCCCUGGGCUGGAGACCAUGCUGCCGCUGCUGCUGACUGCUGUCUCUGAGGGGCGGCUGACGGUGGAGGAUAUCAUCCUGCGCCUCUACGAGAACCCCCGCAAGAUCUUUGGGCUGCCGGCUCAGGAGGACACCUAUGUGGAGGUGGACUUGGAGCAGGAGUGGGUCAUCCCCAAGAACACCGCCUUCUCCAAGGCACAAUGGACGCCCUUCGAGGGCAGGAAUGUGAAGGGGACAGUGCGCAGGGUGGUACUGCGCGGGGAGGUCGCCUACAUUGAUGGGCAGGUCCUGGUGCCCCCUGGCUACGGGCAGGACGUGAGGAAGUGGCCCAUGGGAGCUGUGCUGGCGCCACUCGUGGCCCCCACCAAGGAGAGUGUGAAGACCCCCGAGCGGCCCCGGCAUGCGGCGGUGGGUGAGACGCUGCGCAGCCGAGCCUCCAGCCCGCGCCGUGCUGGCCCCAUGCCCGAGGGCCGCUUCCACCUCCCACCCCGUAUCCACCGUGCCUCUGACCCCGGUCUGCCAGCGUUCCGGAGGCUGGGAGCCGCGCACCGCCCGGGCGCCCGAGGCACCGCUGAGGACGCCCGGGAGAAGGCUGGCAGGAGGGCGGCAGAGGCAGAUAUGACUGCUGCUCAGGACAGCCACCCCCACCUCGUGAGCCCUUUCCCACGCCAGGCAUCGCCCCAAGGCGUGCCCCACUUCCCCACCUCGCCGCUGCUGCACCCCCUGGUCGGGCAGCACAUCCUCUCCGUGCGGCAGUUCUCCAAGGAGCAGAUGUCACAUCUGUUCAACGUGGCACACACCCUGCGUAUGCUGGUGCAGAAGGAGCGCAGUUUGGACAUCCUCAAGGGCAAAGUGAUGGCAUCGAUGUUCUACGAGGCGAGCACGCGCACCAGCAGCUCCUUUGCAGCUGCAAUGUGCCGGCUGGGUGGCUCUGUGGUGUCAUUCUGCGAGGCCACCUCCUCGGUGCAGAAGGGCGAGUCGCUGGCUGACUCUGUGCAGACCAUGUGCUGCUACGCCGACGUCCUGGUGCUGCGGCACCCCCAGCCUGGCGCUGUGGAGCUGGCCGCCGCGCACUGCCGCAAGCCCGUGAUCAAUGCCGGCGACGGGGUGGGCGAGCACCCGACGCAGGCGCUGCUGGACAUCUUCACCAUCCGUGAGGAGCUGGGCACCGUCAAUGGCAUGACGAUCACCAUGGUGGGCGACCUGAAGCACGGGCGCACGGUGCACUCGCUGGCCCGCCUGCUCACUCAGUACCGUGUCCACCUGCGCUACGUCACGCCCCGUGGCCUCGGCAUGCCGCCUGACAUCGCUGCCUUCGUGGCUUCCAAGGGCAUCUCGCAGGAGGAGUUCGGGAGUAUUGAGGAGGCGCUGCCUGACACCGACGUGCUCUAUAUGACCCGCAUCCAGCGGGAGCGCUUUGAGAGCGCCGAGGAGUACGAGGCCUGCUUCGGGCAGUUCAUCCUCACACCCCAUAUCAUGACGAGGGCCAAGGAGAAGAUGGUGGUGAUGCACCCCAUGCCCCGUGUCAACGAGAUCAGCGUGGAGGUGGACUCGGACCCGCGCGCCGCGUACUUCCGGCAGGCCGAGCAGGGCAUGUACGUGCGGAUGGCGCUGUUGGCCACCGUGCUGGGCCGCUACUGACGCCAAUAAACUGCGACGGGGCGCCGCGUCGCUUCAGCCAAUCGCA